GGGGGUGGGGAAGAGCUGGGCUGGACCAUCAAAUCCCUUGCGUGGGGGUCCUGGACCGGACCAUCACCAGCGGCGCGGAGGCCAUUGGGGCUGCGCGGCAGGGUUGCAGCUGUUGGUUUCUUUCCGCUCGUGGGUUCUCCUCCCCUUUUCUCCUGCGCGCCCAGGGCCCAUGAGUGCGUCACAGAGAUCCCCUCUGCCCAGCAAUGGGAGGGGCCGACCCUCAUCCGAAGAGGAGAGGAGGAGGAGUGGGGAAGAAAAAUCUGAGGACCAAGAUUUACAAGGACUGAAAGAUAAGUCGCCCAAAGCCAAAAAAUUCAAGAAGGAGCGGAAAGAGGAAAAGCAACAUGAGCUUGCGCAGCCUUCUGCAGAACCAGCUGAAGCAGGCAAGGCAGAGAUGUCAGAAGGAGCUGGGACUGCUCCGGCUGCACCUGAAGCUUCCGCAUCUCCAAAACAGCGCCGUUCUGUCAUCCGGGAUCGUGGGCCCAUGUAUGAUGACCCCACCUUGCCUGAAGGCUGGACACGCAAGCUUAAACAGAGAAAGUCUGGUCGCUCAGCGGGGAAGUAUGAUGUCUAUCUUAUCAACCCCCAGGGCAAGGCCUUCCGCUCCAAAGUUGAGCUCAUCGCCUACUUUGAAAAGGUGGGGGACACCUCUCUGGAUCCUAAUGAUUUUGAUUUCACGGUAACUGGACGUGGGAGCCCCUCACGGCGGGAACAGAAGCCUCCCAAGAAAUCCAAAAUCCCUAAAAGUUCUGGCACAGGUCGCGGACGGGGCCGGCCAAAGGGCAGUGGCUCUGCCAAGCUCAGAGGAGCUGCUUCAGAAGGUGUGCAAGUGAAGCGGGUGAUUGAGAAGAGUUCAGGAAAGCUGCUGGUCAAGAUGCCCUUGCAGUCCUCUCCCGCGGGAACCAAGGCAGAAGGCACAGGUGGGGCUACCACCUCUGCACAGGUCAUGGUGAUCAAGCGUCCUGGACGCAAGCGGAAAUCUGAAUCAGCCCCCCAGGCAGUGCCUAAGAAACGGGGGCGUAAGCCAGGCGGCGGAGCAGCAGUGGUAGUUGCCGAAGCCAAAAAGAAAGCAGUCAAGGAGCCGGUCGUUCAGGCAGUCCGGGAGACAGUGCUGCCCAUCAAGAAGCGCAAGACCCGUGAAGCUGUCAGCAUAGAGAUAGCCAAGCCAAUCCCGCCGCCUCCAAGCAACACAGGUGAACGGAGCCCCAAGGGACAGCGAACGGCUGCCAAGAGCCAAGGGCGCCGCAGCAAGGAAAGCAGCCCUAAAGGGCGAGGUGGCCAUGCGGUGCCAACCUCUGCCCCUUCCUCCUCCCCUGGCAAGAAGGAUCAGCACCAUCUUCCCCAUCAGCCACCUUCAGAGGCCCAGGGCAGCUUCCCUGCUCAGUCCCCUGACAGCCCCAAGGACAGCAGGAGCCUUCCCGCUGAGCCGCAGGACUUGAGCAGCAAGAGCUGCAAAGAGGAGAAGGCUCCGGAAAGUGAUGGCUGCCCCAAGGAUCCACCGAAGACUCCGUCUGGUGGCACAGCGGUGCCCUACAAACAUGAGCGCAAAGACACUGUCUCGUCCUCUCCGGCUUUGCCCCGGCCUACAAACAGGGAUGAGGCUGUGGACACCAGGACGCCUGUGUCGGAGCGGGUCAGCUGACUUUGAGGGGGGUGAGUGAGCAAGUGAGCGCCAGAGGAAACAAAGAGAGAGACAGGCACUCCCAGCCCCACACACCCAGAUGAGACUCCAGGCAGCUGCUGGGUAGGAUUCCCCUUUUUCCCCACAGUACCCUGGCUUUCAACCAAUCGGCUUCCCCAAAACUAUCUGUUCCCUCCUUCCCCCAUUUUUAAUACAGACAAGCACAGUGUGGGGUGCAGAGACAUGCCUCCCGGGGCUGGAAGCCACUUUGCACUUUUUCUACAGAAUGGGGACACCCUCCCCCCCCCAUUGGCCCCUUCUGCCAUGCUUUGCUGCAAAUACUACUGACAAGGCGAGCUGUUUGGCAGGGGAGGGGCAGCUCCAAGCUCUGGCCUGUCGCCCUGAUCCUGCUUGCCCUCCAUAUGACAAAGGCCUGGUGGACAGAUGGGGGGAGGGCAUGUGUGUAUUCCACUCCACCUCCCUUGUGCCAUGUAAUGUACUUGUCCAGUCUUAGUUGGAGUUCUGUAGUUUUCAGUAGGAUGUGUGUGUAUAGAGAGAGAGAGAGGGAGAGAGAUGGGACUUUGGCGCACUGGGGAACCAAUAUCUGCCAUUUGCCAGUUAGACCAGCAGUUAAGAAGGUUCUUCUUUUCCCCCCAAGGACAGUUCUGCUGCUAAGAGACCAUUGGGAUACAGGGGGCAGCUUUCUAAGAACGUCCUCCUUUCCUAUGUCUAUCCCAAAAGGAGGGGCCUUUUGAUUUCGGUAAAGCAAUCUGAGUGUGCUGAAGCGUGUGUGUGUGCGUGUGUGUGCUUGUCACAUGCUGAGAGUUACAAUGAGAAGUUCUUCCAGUUCUUGUCAAUGAUGUUUUUAGGGAACUGUUUGCACUAAUGGAGGCCUUUGCUCACCUUCUGUGAGGCAAUGGCAUGAAAGAGUGUGCCGGUGUAUUUUGGCAGAAUACUGGCUCACCUCCCCACUUUUAGUUCUGGGGCAGGAAGGUAGCUGAAUGUGUAUAAAACUACCUGUAAUUCUGUGCUGGGUUGAUACGAGGCAGUGGCUGAACUGAGAUGCCUCGUAUUUAUAAUUUCUGAGGUUGGCAACUAAGCUCUUCCAUGGUAGUUGAGCACACUUCUUCUCACUCCCCAGGAAAGCAGAGCUCUGCAGAGGUGUGGCGUACGUUGAGGAGGGGACUUGGUCUCAAACUGAUGUCUCCUUGGGUUUUUUCUCUCUGUCUACAGUCGACAAAGGGGGAGGGAUCAUUGGCUAAUCCAGUGUGCUUAUUUUUUUUUAACUGCAUGUGCACCACAGACAGGAGCUGGCUGUUCCAUCCUAAGCAGAGGCAGUAGCAAAGUACCCCAAGAACAAGAUGCGAAGUAAGGGUCAAAGCCUGGGUAGGAACUAAAAAGAGUUAUCUUUAAAAACUUCCACGCUUUGAUGGUAUAAAAGAUUCAAAACAAGCCCCAUCUUGUUGUGUGGGUCUUUGAGGGCCAAAAUCAGCAUGACUCUGGAACUCAGUUAUCAGAUUUUUAUUCUGUUUAGUUUUUUAAAAAACCUUAAAGCCACAGGAGGCUCUGCUUUUGAUAAGAGCAGCAGUGCUCAGGAGUUGGGGGGGGGCAUUUAACUCUUCCCCCUCGCCCUGCAUAUGCCACUUUACAAGUCUAAUUCUCACCCCACCCAAACUACUGUUUGCCCCACUGGGGGGGGAAUGACAGGCUCCUGUAUGGUAUUUGUCCACCCCCCCACCCCCCAGUGUAGUAACUUACAAGGAAAGGCAGAAUGUAGAUCAGGAAAAUGGCGGUGGAGCAAGGGUUAAAUGCCCCCUCCCUCAGCAUCUCUAUUCUGAUCAAAAUUGGAGCCCCCUGUAGCUUCUUGGAAGUAAAAAUAAAUUGUUGAAAUAUCUGGUGCUGGAUCCACAUCUGCUUCCGCCCUCAGAAAGAGAUACUUCAGUGUAGAAACGACCUAUUCUCCCUGCCUCCCUCUUGCCUGUCCAGUGGAGUAAUCUUCUUUCCAUCUGUAGCAACUGCCAAAGGACAAAUUUUCCUUGCAGUUAUUGAGUAUAGACAAAGAACAACGCACUGAUUGUAAGGACCCCAGUUUCAUAGCGGGAGGACUGAUUAGUAUCAGGACUGAAUUGUUGCAACAACUUACAGGACUUCUGAUUUUUGUUGGGCUUCCUGCACUGCACUGCAGUCAAAGCCAAUUUUUGAUUUUUCUGUUUUUCACAUGUAAUAACUUACUUAGUGAUUUGCAGUAAGGUUGGAGCUGGCUUCUAAUUUUUGUUAAUCGGGGAUAAAGCCAGAGUGUCCCCUUUCUGCACUAGUGUUUGGGCUGUUGCUAAUCAUGGACUAUGGAAUAUACCCUCCCCACCCCCUUAAGGGUAACCAAAUGGAAGCCCAGCUCAUUGUUCAUUUGUAUGGAAGUAGCUGUCCUGAGAAUAGUGCUGUGGAAACAUGGCAGAAAAUAUAAAGGGGGGGGGAGGCGACAGCGGUGUUAUGAUGUUGUGAAAACUUAAAAAAAAAACCUCAAAGGGCUUUUCUUUGACAUUUUAAAAAAGGCACAAAUGUAACGGGGAAGGUUAACAAGUAUUCACCAGGCUAUGGGAAACCUGGGGUGGACAAAAUAUACUUCUUCUUUGGUUUUACCUGAGGUCUUGCACCUGCCUCUGACAGGUCCAGGAUGAAUUGCUGUCUCUUUUUCUUUCCAGGCCCCAACUUCCUAGUCUGCAUGGGCGACCUACCCUCAUGUGGAGUUAUAAGGGGUUUUUAGUGAACAGGGAAUAGAACUUUGCACUUCAUUCCACUCUGGAACUGUCACUUGUGUGACUUUUUCCUACACCCAACAGAUACGGACAUUUGUGAAAAUUUGCACAUGUCUGUUUAGCUGUGAUUAAACAUGUGUGGAAUCUGCAGUGCACUGCCACUGGAAAGUGUAAUCACAGCUAAAUAAGAUGCUUGGAGAGUUUUCACAUUAUGAGGGUUUCCACGAAAGUGUCAUGGGUGAAGCAGCUAGGCACUGUCAUCCUGAAAAGACAGAGCCAUCUUGGAGCUAAAGAAUGGGCAGAAUAAAAAUAGUAGUGGAAGCAAUCCUUCUGUCUCAGAAUUGGCCUUGUUUGAAACUGCAGUCAGCCUGGCUGACGAUUGAGGGCCAAACUAGAUGUGAUGCCAGCAAACCUAUUUGUGCUAAAAUAACUGUAAACAGGGUAGUGAGAGAGAUGACACGCAGGUAUAUGUAUGUGCUAAUACUUCCCCUCUGCCUGCUGCUUCCUUCUUAGCAGCCCUGUCUCUUUCUCUCACAGAUCCUUCUUUCCUCAGCUGAGCUCCGUUUGCAGAGGUCAGAUCAGAUGGGAAGGAAGAGCCCAUGUGGAGGCAGUUAGAGAUAGGUAGGCAGACUUGGGGUGGGUUCAGUUUCCUUCACCCACAUGCAUACUUGUUUUGCUCUGAAAAUUGGACCCAUACCUUUUGUUUUAUACACAAUUGGGAGCACGCUUGUUUAAAUAAGGGGGUCUGUCACUGCCAUGUUAGUUUAGCCCUCAGUAUGCCCUUGAUCUAAGCUUCCUUCAAGUGCAGGACAUGUUGUAUUCCAUUAAAUUUCUGGGAGUCAUAAUAGUCUAUCUUAUGCUACAAAAUGGAGAUCGAACUUUGUAGGAAACACACCUAGCAUUCAGACAUUUUGGGCUGUUUGCCUUGCCUCUAUUCCCAUGGGCAAAUCUCCUGUAAACAGCCACUGGGAGUCAGUGUUGGCAACAUUUGGCUUUGAAGGGGGUCUCCUCCUCAAGCUUUUCAAGCUAUUUGGCAGAGACCCUUUAGAAAACAUGACUGUCACCGGUAGAUGUGACUACACUCUCAGUGUUCCAUAGUUCUCUCAGCUUUGAAAAGAGGUACAGGUGCCAGGAGUUGGCAGCCAUUUGCCAUGUCCCCCAGUUGCUUCUUAAUGCCCAAAAGUUGAAUUGAUUUGUUGAAGUAGGCAAUUGCCCUCAUGGGUGAAAGAUCUCCCUAUCAAUUUUUUUUCCCAUGGAGAGAAUGAUGCACUUUAAAGUCAACAGAGAAAUAUUCUAUCUUCUGUUCCUUCUAGUUUGGCAGAGAACAGAACCACAAGCCCAUUGUGGACCACAUGGUUCUGGCAGUGUCUCAUAGGCAGCCUGAGAGAAUAAGGGCUUGUGAGCAAUAUGUAGCCAGAUGGGGGAGCUUAAAUAAAAGCUACAAAUAGAGAUCCAUAUAUGUUAAACAGAAAGGCUCCAAUUGAGGUUAGAUGUUUUUUGAUCCAAAAUGCAUCCAGGAACAAGUGUACUAUCUGGAACAUGUAAGGAGAAAUCCAAAAUAGAACACCAGUGCUCAGUUCCACACUAGAACUCAUCCCCAUGUCAAACCAUUUAUUCUGCUAUCACUAUCUGGGUUUAAAGAGCUUGCAAAACCGUGUGGUAACCUGUUCCCAUGGUGUGAUGUAGGGGUGGAAAUGGAAGAGGAAUACAUUUUUGCAACCUAAGGCCAAACUAGAAGUAGGGGGCAGACCUAGCUUUUUUCCAGACAGCUACAAAGUGGCCACAGGAUGACAUUUUUUGCACUGGAGAAGCAACAAGCAGGAAGAGGGCUUUAAUUUCCCCUCUCCUUUUUUUUUCUCUCUUUCCCUUCCCCCCACACCUUUGCUGCAUUGACAUCCUUAGCUGUUUCCACACUUGGGUCUUUCACCAAAAAUUGAGUCCAGCCCAAAGAAAAAAGACUGAUGAAGUGCAAUGAAAGGUCAAUAGCAGGGUGUGUGAAAUAAGUCCUGGCCUCUCCCCACCACCCCCACUAACCAAACAAUGUUAUAGACAGCCAGCGGCUUCUCCAGAGAAUAACACUAGCUGUAGUUUGGCAGUCUCAGGCCUCUUAUUUACAGGGAUACAGAGUUGUGAACUCCACCUAUGUUCCCAGCUUGCCCACUUCUACCCAGCUCAGCAUCAAAGAUGAAUGUGGAUAGUGCCUGGCAUUUGAGAGACUGCGUAAGAGGUUUCUACCUUGUUAGCAUUGUGAACCACCUGAUGUUUCUGUGUCAAGUGAAAAUAAACUUUUCGUCAGUUUCAAUUAUUAUCCUAUAAUGUGUAGAGUUUAACGUUAGGCCUAACUCUUUUGUUUGGGGAUUUAAUUUCUGUUUGUUUGUGUGUGCGUGUGCGUGUGUGUGUGUGUGUGUGUGCGCGUGUUGUUUUUUUUAAAAGGCACCAAGUAGACACAGAAAAAUUGUCUAAUUUUAUAUAUCUGUAUAUUGCAUUAUAAAUGAGGGGUUGCUUUUUUCCGCUUGUUGCACCAUUACCAAACAAAAGGACAACAGACCGACAAGCAAGGAAUGAUACAGUCUGUUGAGAAUUUAUUAUAUGUUGCUUCUUGACCAUUAUUCCUGGUAUUUGAUAUCGUAGGACAUGGGAAAUAAAAUUAACCCAUCAAACCUGCCUGCCAGUAAUUUUUCUCCAUGACAGAGCUGAACUACCUUUUAACUCUGUGUGUUUUCAACAAUAUGGAAGGGGGUUUCUUUUUUUGUCUCUAGAAAGGAAAACCAACAAGGUGGUUAAGUAUAGCCAACAUUUCAAUUUUUUUUUUUGCACUCAGUCAGCUUGUGGGGCAAGGCAUUCAUUUGGGUAUGGGGUGGUAAAGGGGGGGGACAUAUGGAGGGACUUUGGCCUCCAUAAAAACCAAUAUCCAAUUGGACUUGAGUUUAACAAGCACCAUGAGCAUGAUUGAUCUCUGUCAGUUAAUGACCACUUCAGUAGUAAAACAAUCUGGCAUGAUAGUGUUGCUGUUUGAAAAUGCCUUUUGGUUCUCAACUGAGCCUCCAAGUGCUGUUCCUCUAGAGCAGAUCUCUUUCUCAUUACAGCAAACAAAAUUCUUGUCUGCUUUUUCCCCCUGCAGAGCUUCUCUUUUAUUUCCAGCUCUACCAUGUGUUCUACAGCUGCUUUUUAACUGUGUGCCUUGCAUGCCGGCUGGCAUAAAUUGGCAACACUCCACAAUAGGAUCUCUCUUUCUACCAGCUGAAGACUUGUCCCUCAUUUGUUUCUCAUCAGUCCCCUUAGCACAAGUCCAGAUCUAGUUUCCAAAGACAUCACACCUCCUUCUGUCUUUGGCCCAUGAAAGUGCAAAAUCAUUCACCUCACCUUGCUUGCAUGAGAGGUGGCUCCAGAAAAGUGGUGAGCAAAGAAGGGGUGAGGUAGAUGGCUGGGUGGGAUGGGAACUGAACUUUCUUUCUCACACUACAAUGUUUUCAAACAGAAACAAGCCUGUUUCACAAUCUGUAUUUUUAAUUCAGACAGAGUAGAUAGGAAAUUAUUUGGGUGGGAAUUUGUGCUUCUCAUCCUCCUGGCGCUGCCUGUACUUGCAUGAAUGAUAAGCUGGGGGUAGUAGAUUUCCUUUAUAAUAAAUCAUUUUACAUAAAGUCUAAAAUUUCCAAGUGCUGAUAGCAUCCAUGACAUCAGGACCCUAUUAGCAUACAUCAGGUCAAAGGCUGAUGCAUUAAAGGAGAUCUUGGAAGGGUCAGCUUGCUAGCACUUCACUGCUUAGUCCUCGCCACAUCCCAUGAGGGACCAUUAGGAAGAGGGCUGUGUUUGACAGUUUGCUCUCUGCCAACUUCCACCUGCAAGUUGCCGAAAUCAGCAAUACCUGGGAGGUUGUAGCUUAAAUCUGCCGUUCUUCCAAAAACAAAUAUAACUAGACUAAGCGCAAAUGAAUUUCUGGUGGGGUGGGGGAGUGAGACUGUAUUCUACCUAACUGAAACGGAAAUAGGAUUUCUCACUCUGUAAAACAACUUGCAUAAGGCUUUCUUCCAAUCAAGGCCCAGAGUUCCUUUUCAAGCUGUGCAGAUGGGCAGUAUUUAUUGCAGUUGUGUGUAUCUGCACGAGGACUAAGUGGACGACUUGGAAAUGUUUAUCACUUUUUGGAUCUUUUCCUUUGUGAGUGCAAAAAAAAAAACCCACCUCCCUCUUCCCUUUAUUGUGUCCGGGGGUGAUGGGAGCACUCUCUUCCCCAGCUUCCAUCAAUCAACAUGCCGCUAACAACAAACCAACUUCCUUCUGCUUUACAACUCAGUAGUGAUCACCAUAUGACCAAAUAUUACAAGGACUGUUAUUAAAUGUAUGCUGAGUGCUUGCUACCCUGUACAGCUCUUAAUCCUCACGUAGCCAACUCUCUAGCCAGUAGUGUUCGUUCCUUUCUCUUUAUGACUCUUUAAUGAUUAUUUUUUAAUUCCAGAGACACGGAUUUUUGGGGUGGGUGGGGUGGGGGGAAGAUAUUUCCCUCCUUUUUCCCCAAUAGUCUUUUUCUGGAGAGGAAAACAAAGCAAAACUGUGGUGUUUGAGACUUAUUGUGUGUAGGGUUUUAUCUCCCCACCCCAGGGUGGGGGCAAAAACAAAAUGUCGGUGAAAACCUUCUCUGUGUGUGUUUUUUUCUUUAUGGUCCACGAGUAUGUAUCGUGAACAUUUCUGUAAAGUAAUUGUUCCAGGCACAAACGCUUUUGAGUGUUUCAAACUUGUGUAUAUAUUUUAAAAGGGAGGAAAAGUGUAUACUUUAUUUUUGUCUUGUCUGUUGGCAGUAAAGAAAAAUGGGGGGUUAACUGGGAAUGUGAUAGGUGGAACAUUUUUGAACAGGCAUUCCCAGGGUAUUUUGUACAGCUUCUUCUAACAAUCCACCACCAGUGGGCGAUGUAGCAAGUGAGUGAGGUGGUUAGAUUCUUUCAUAUAGAAUACUUAUUUGGCUGGGGGUGAAAAACCAGAAGGACCUACCACCUCAAUGGCAAUAAAGAGGAAUUUCCUGCUAGAUUCAGAGUUACAUUUAAUGUCACGUCAGAGGGGUUGUAUACAUUUCUAAAGAAGGCCCAUUAGUUGUUAUUUAAAUGCCAAAAGGGUACUAUUAAUUCAUAUUGCUGGGCACUUUUGAUCCAACCAUAGCAAGCCUCUAGUUCCAGGGGAAUAAAAAUAUUCCAAGAAUCCUCCAGAUAGGUAUAUUUCAUUGUUCACUCCUGUGUCUCCACCCCACUCAUCCCAUACUUCCUGAUCGCACCCUGCAUUUGGUUAAUGCGUUUUUGGGACAAUUACUUUUAAGAACUCUUGAGUAGAUUGUUUAAUAAAUCUUUAAAAUGGAUUGCUCUUUUUGUAGGUUUUGUGUACAGCCAAAAAAAAAAAGACUGAAAGCACUGACUAUAUUUAAAAAAAGGAAAAAAAAGAAAUUUAUUAAAGGAAAUUUGUAUAAUUUCAGUAAGAAAAUAACAAAAUCCAUCUGAAUGUACAUGUAUAUGUUUAAAAGAAAUCCACCAACCCCCCCUCCCUACCCUUGUAUCCUAUUUAUUAUAUAAAAAGUUUGCCUUACAAGAAAGCAGUCCUUUCUUUAUGGGUGUCUCUGUCUUAUUUUGGUUGUUAAAACAAGCAGCUUGAUUUUAUAUUCCCCCCCUUUGCCAAAAAAUAUACAGUGAUAACUGCAUUUUUAUAUAUGUAAGGUCAUUUAAAAAAACAUUCUAUUUUAUGUUGUUGGGUUUUUUUUUUUUAAAAAAGAAACUUCUGGCCCAGUUUUAGCACUCAGCAUGCAUUCUACACAGUAAUCUAGUCACAUCUCCUG